AUGAUAAUCCAACAUUUCACUGUGAAUAGAAAGCGACCGCCGAUCGGAAGGAGCUAUGCUUCGAACUCUCGUGGAGUCAUGGCCACAAUCGUGGCUGUGACGAAACAAACAAACAUCCUACACAUACCUAGCUGGUGUGUGUUCCAAAUCCAAUCGGCGACGCGCAACUACCUC